UUAGUUUAGUUAAUUAGAUGUCAGAAUACAAUUACAUAAUAGAGUUUAGAUUGAUUAGAUAUGACUGUGAGCAGUCCUUCGGAGGGUGAAUCGAGAAAUUUUAUUCGAAGUUUGUAUGUUUUUAAAUUCAUCUAAGCUAAUUAGUAUGUAUCGUAUUAUUUGUCAGGUAUGUACAUAUGUGGGAAUAAAGGGUCGUUCCAAAAGAUAGUCCGUUACUUCAGCAAAAUAGUGAUAGAAAGGAGUUAAAUAUGGAUGAGAAUGAAUUACACGAACCAAACUCAGUCGGGGAUCCAAUGGACGAACAAGAUGUAAAUGAGGUAAAUUAUGAAAUAACAGAUGAAGAGGAGGGUCCUUGUUAUGAACGGAAAGAAGAACUUCUUCAUGACUGCAAGCGUUUAACAGGAAGUGCCAGAAAGCCGUUGAAUGUGGCUAUCAUUGGACCACCAGGAUGCGGUAAAUCUUCGUUCCUUAAUACUGUGUUUGCUAGUUUAAAUAGUGAUCGCUGGUACGAAUAUGCUAAGAGUGGUAAAUUCGGAAACCAUGAAGGUGUCAUGGGUAUGCAAGUAACAAGACGUUUGAGAAGCCUCCCUAAAGAAGAAUACUAUAGACAGAAUGAUUUGUGUAUGUUGCCUACAUUUAUAGAUAUGACUGGAUUUGAAAAUGAUGAUUCAGUGAUAACUGAAGAACUCUUAUACCUUGUCUUCUGUGGAAAAGUGAAAGAAAAAGAGGCGCUUAAUGACAUUGUGACAUACGGAAGAUUGCAUGGAAUAACUACAAUGAAAAAGAAAUACAGGUCAUGGAAGAGAUUACCUAACAGACGAAUAAAUAGGAUCAUCAUUGUGUGUUCAUCAAAUCCAGAUUCUGCCAUGCCUACUGCACUGUUAAAAACAGUGGUUAAUGUUGCCAAUGAAUUGGACAUAACAUUUUAUGGUGUAAUGACACAUGCUGAUAUAUGUAGAGAAAAGUAUGGUAACAGAGUACAAGAAAGAGAGAAACUGUUUAGGGAAUAUCUUGGUUUACCUGGAAAUAGAUUAGCAAGUGUAAUUAAUUACUGCCCAGCUGUGGAUCCUGAUCGGUCAUAUGAGGAUACUCUAUUACCAGCUCUUGAUGUACCUGUUUUGAGACUUUUGAGACAGAUAUUGACACCAGAACCCAAUGAUUCAGUUAUGCACUUUGAAGAUUGUGUGACGGCAGUUAUUUCUACCACCAAGUCACUUUUUUACUAUGGAAGUCGUUCUUUUAUUAUGGUAGACAAUAGAGUAAAGCGUUUCCUCUUUAUCUCAAGCUUCUAUAUUGUUUUGUUUUCGAUAAUUUUUGCAUUUUUAUACAAGUUUAUGCGAGAUUUGUGAAUGUUUCAGUAGCAUAAUGGAUUGAUAAAUAUUGGAUCAUCGGCGUAGUCAAAAUAUAAACAUUCAUUGUGUGUUCAGUUGUUUUACUCUAUUUUGCUAAACAAUACUGUUAAUGUAAAUGUUUUCACCUGAGUUUUUUUUACAUUAUCUAUGUUUGACAAUUUUUGAAUAUAACAAGUUAUAACAGAUGUGAAGAUCAUUAGCAGCUUUAAUGUCUAGUCAAUGAGGACGAAAAAAGGAUUUUUGUUUAAAUUACUAAAUGACGCAAAAUGAAAAAAAAACACUAUUUAUAGGUAAAACCAUGAUUCAAUUGAACGUAUUAUUUUCGCGGAUGCCUUUUUGCAUUUGGACUAUUUUUGUCGAUUUCGAGACGAUUCAUUUUUCGCGAUUUUAUAACUUUGUUCAAGUAUUCAUAUAAAAGAUUUGUUUGA